AACGCGAAAGCUUUCAAGGUCCUCGUAACCCAUUUGGACAACUUGGAUUUAUCACGAUUACUGUACAUGGCGAAAUCACUGUUCAUUACCAACGUAAUGGCUCGAUAUUCUCGACAUUUUCUACACCGAUGCCUAAUAUUGGAAGGAGAGAGAUUAGUAGAGCGGACGCAGGAUGUUUCGGUAUGUCUUUGGCUGGUUUAGAUGAUUGGGAAAGAAUAUCCCAUGCUGCCAUUACAUUACACGAGGACGGCCAAAUCUAUUUAGCGACACACAACGCCUCAAUUCAACCCAAAUCCGUUUCGAUUCAUACCAUCAAAAUUAAAUUUCCUGUCAAAUCAGAAAAGGGCGCUAUUGAAUGUAAACCUAUCACCAGUCUUAAAAUCCAAGGCCAAGAUCUUUUAAAGGAAAAUAAUGUCACCCAAAUGGUCUUCAAGAAGGGCCUUCACACAGUUGAGCUAGUAUUAGGUCUUGGAGAUGAAGUGUCGGAUGGGUUCAAUGGGUUUGUAACUAGCUGGCAAUUGAAGAAAAUUCAACAGUCGAUACCUAGUGACUUUGGGACAAUAACCAAUGACCGCACAGCACUUGUUUAUCAAUCGGGUACAAUGAUUUUAGGACGAUUUAUAUCUUGUUUAACUAGUACAAGUACGGGACAAAUUAUAGUAGGGCUUUCAGAUGGGAGUAUUCAUGCCGAAUUGGCACUACAAGAAGGGCUUGUCAAAAGUAGUAAUAUGGAAGAUACAGCUGAAUCGAUAGACCCUACUUAUUGGACAGUAGUGGGAGCACAUAAAACAGACGACGGCUGCAUUGAUCCGAUUGCGGAUAUAGUCUUAUCACCCAAUGAGACACACCUGCUAUAUAUAUUCUCUUCCUCAAAGAUCGGUAUCGCUAGAAUCACAAAUGAUGAUAUGCACGAUAGUUAUGUGAAAGAAUUGAUAGAAAAAUUACAGUUAUGCUUAUUAAAUAAUGUCGACUUUAUGGAUUUAAUAUCUGAGCUUGUACGCAUGAGCAAACAGGAUAAAGAUCAACCCGAGGAUAUUAUCAACCAAGUGUUAACAACUUACGAGAUUCAAUGCGGCGAGAGUCCACUGGAACCAUUAGAGAAUUGGAGUUUAGCCAACUUAGAAAAGGGGUAUGGACUUGCGAUGGCAGCCUAUCGACGAUUACCGGACAAAAAAAUUGCUAGUGUGAAUUUAUCAAGGGCAAUUCAAUUACCUGUAAUUUUAGAAUGUUUUAUGGCGAGUUGUACUACGGAUUAUGAGGAGAUAAUUAAAGUGUUAGAAAAGGAAAAUAUAGACACCAAUGUAAAAUUAGAAUUUGAUCCUGAUAGUUUAUGGUCACUGAUAUCUGUAUCCACUUGGAUUCGUGACUAUUUGAAAUGGAUUUUGCGUGAAUGGAACAUGUUGUUUAAUUGCAUAAGCCCGGCCGACUCUAGUAUUGCAAACAUUACAGAAAAACCCGCACAUGCGGUCUUACUUUUGCACAAAGAUUCGAGAAUAUCCUUGAGUAAAAUCUUAAAAAUGUUGCAUUAUUUUGUACAAUACACAAGCACUGCAAGUUUUCAAUUGGAAACUUUUUCGGAAACCCAAGGUCUAUUACAGCGAUACACAUCCACCUUGAUGACCGAUGACAUGAUAAUGAUGAAAGAUACAAUCGAUUUUUUGAAUGCAUUAAAUGAUCUAGAACAAAAACCUACCGGUAAAGUAGACACUACAUCGUUUAAUAGAAACUGUUCAUCCUAAUUUUUUUUUUUUUUUUAAAAAAAAAGAUACAGAAAUCCGAAAUAGAUGGUCGAUACUACUCACCUCCAAUAUAAAGACAUUCACACUGUCUGAAAUCAAAAAGAUAUCCAACGAAUACAAAGACAAAUGUGCCAAACCAUCUAU